AUGGAAAAGUUCUUGAAGUACACUAACUUUUUCUAUCUACUCGUUGGCAUAGAACCAUAUACGAAGAAUUUGCCUGACGCAAAAGCGCACUUGAGAGCUCGCAUCUUAUUUGUGACGAUCACAAUCAACAUGUUUCUGGAUGUAAUCUGUGAAGUCAUUUACGUCUCCAACGCCUUUAAGAAUGGGAAACUCCUGGAGGCUGUUACUGUGAUGUCUUAUAUAGGCUUUGUAACUGUGGGUAUGAAUAAGAUACUCUUCAUUCGCUUGAGAAGGACUGCAAGGGAUGAAAUGAUGAGGGACUUGGAGGAGCUCUAUCCGCGUGGCAAAGUUCAAGAGGAGAAAUACAAUCUUACGAAAUACCUGCGCACCUGUUCAAGGAUUAGUCUCACCUACUCUAUGCUCUAUUCAGUUCUCAUUUGGACCUUUAACCUAUUCAGCGUUAUGGAGUUUUUGAUCUACGAGAAGUGCCUGAAAGUUCGUGUGGUGGGCAAAACCUUGGCCUACCUCAUGUACAUUCCUUGGAAAUGGGAAGACAACUGGUCCUAUUACCUAAUACUCUUUUCUCAGAACCUUGCGGGCUGCACCGGGGCUGCUGGACAUAUAUCCACGGAUCUACUUCUUGUCGCUGUGGUCACACAGUUGGUAAUGCACUUUGACAACAUUUCAAAUACUAUGGUGAACCACCUACUUAGCGGAAACUGGCAGAAGGAUUCCCGAUUUCUGCGGGAUAUAGUUCAUUACCACGAGCGGAUUCUUAAGCUAUCUGAUGUGGUGAACGAUGUGUUCGGAGUUCCACUGCUACUCAACUUUAUGGUUUCCACGUUCGUAAUAUGCUUUGUAGGUUUUCAGAUGACAGUUGGUGUUCAGUCGGACAUGAUAAUCAAGCUGCUCCUGUUCCUGUUUUGCUCGAUGGGCCAGGUAUACUUGAUCUGUCACUAUGGACAAAUGGUUGCUGAUGCGAGCUCUGACUUAUCGCUGGCCACUUACAAUCAGAACUGGACUUAUGCGGAUAUCAGAUACAAGCGAGCUCUGGUCAUCAUAAUGGCGAGAGCCCAGAAGACAACCUAUUUGAAGGCCACUAUCUUUUUGGAUAUAACCAGGGUCAGCUUGACUGAUCUUCUUCAGUUAUCGUACAAGUUCUUUGCUCUCCUCCGGACGAUGUAUGUCCAAUAG